UGGAGGAAGUGGCGGCUCUCGGUCGGCGCGUUAAAAGUUAAAAACAGCGAGGAGGAGGAGGAGGAGAAGAAGGAGAAGAAGGAGGAGGCAAAAACAGAAACUACAAGUGAAGUGAGCGUGAAGCGCAGUGAGUGUGGUUUGGCACUCGGCAAAGCAGCGUGUGUUUGACUUGAGCCACGUCCUUAUUAUUACAGCUCACUGAGUCAAACUCAGAGAUUGUUCUCAGCGACGACUCACUUUACAACUUAGUUUGUUUGCUGAAUGGGUUCUCUUAUAAAGUUGACAUUCUGUCGUGAGAAUAUGGACGAAGAGCUUUAAAACCUACAAACAAAAAACCCAGUGAGGUUUGUUAGUGUGUUGUGAGGGAACUCGGUGGAAUGAGGCGAAUCGGUUCACCGCCGCUUGACUCGGGGACGGUUCUGUGGCUCGUCUCUCUGCGCUUUGCGUUUUGAGUGCGCGUUUUCGCCACAUUUUGGGAUGUUGGUUCGGUUCAGGUCUCCGGGGUCAGUCGGAGUCAGCUUGUUUUUUUGGGCUUUAGUGCUCAGUGCUGGUUUGUGCUCCGAGCUGAAAGUGAGGGUUCGACUCGCUGAUGGCCGGAUCACUGAGGAGCUGCUGGAGGCGGACAGUGAGAGAGACUCCAUCACACUGGAGUACAGGCAGGCUGACGGCACUCUCAUCACUUUCCUGGCAGAUUUUAAACAGGAUGUGAAGAUCUUCCGGGCAUUGAUUCUGGGAGAGUUGGAGAGAGGGCAGAGCCAGUACCAGGCACUAUGCUUCAUCACACGCCUCAGCCACAAUGAGAUCAUCUCCAGUGAGUCCAUGGCCAGACUCCGGCAGAAAAACCCACACACCAUAAGGACGGCGGAGGAGAAGAGGCCGACGGAGACGCUCAGCAUGAACGUGGCGGUUAACGUGACACUGGCAUGGCAGCUGAGCACCCUCAUCUACAACACAUGCAGUUUGGCACACGACGGCGUGUACACGCGUGAGGCCGACAUGCGCCACUGGCUGGACACGGGUAUCGAGGGCUCCGUGUUUGAGACCCUACCGCAGGCUGUGGAGGUUCCUGGGCUACAGAGCUGUCGCUCAGUGAAGGAUCUUUGGCAGUCUUGCUCCUGCAGCUACAGCGUGAGGCUCGAGUGGUACCCGUGCCUGCUCAAGUACUGCCGCAACAAAGACUCUUUAGGCCACAGCGCCCCAUACAAGUGCGGCAUCAAGAGCUGCAGCAAAGGCUACGACUUCACGUACUACACACCUCAUAAACAACUCUGUCUGUGGGAGGAGGAGGCCUAGCGAUGCGUGCUCAGCUUCACUCAGCAGAUCUCUUUUUGCGAUCACUUUUUUGUUUGAGCCCUGAGCCAUUUGAACUUGACUAUCCAUGCCUGAGAGUAUGCAUGGCAUAAUCUCACACAGAGCUGAGUGCCUGGGGCUCAAGAUAAAAUGAGGCAAGGCUUUGUGUGUGAGAGUUCUCAUGGGUUUCCAUGCAGCAGGCCACAGCGAUGAUUUCAGACUUCUUCUUUUUUUUUCUUUUUUUUUUUAAAGAAAUAUUUUCACUAUUAUUAGUGGACGUGGAAUGAGUGUCUACAGAACCUGCAGAUCCACUUCCUGUAGACCAAGCAACUGUGAAUCAGUCGAUAGUCUAACAAGCUAUAAUCUGUUGAUUACCUAAAACUUGUUCAGUCAGGUUUCCAAGCUGUUUUCUGUUCACCACGUGCUCUAAUUUAUUGUUUGCUAUGGGAAAUUAUUGAAAAAGCACAUGACUAAUGCACAUGUUCAGAAAGAAAAUUUUCUCUUGCUUUUAUUAAUUUUUUUUUUUCUUUUUUAAAAAAGUAUUUUGUUGCCCUGAGGUAUCAUGAUUAGUUUGAGGCUGUUAUGGAGAACUGUGAUGAGUUUUCUGCUGCUAUUUCAGAGCAGUAUGAAACACUGUCUUACUGCCAUGUUGUAUCAGUUUGUUUCAGUCUGAUUAAAGUUAGCUUAUUUAAAGGAAAAAUCCACCCUGAACAACUUAACCUAUUAAUCUUUAUAAUUAACAUGCAAUCAUCUGAGUUUAAUUUCUUCAGCUUAAAAUUCCUUCCUCGAAAGGUUAGUCUGUUUUCACCAUGUUCAACGGCUUCCUGCACUUACCACAAUGCCGUUUGACUAUGCUGAUAGUGGUGCGAGUAGUCCUUGCUUCAUCUCUACGUAAGGACAGCGAUGCAGCAGCGCUUUAGUCCUUUUUAGUACAUCGAGCUGUCUCGCUUCCUCAUCUGUAAACUUGGCUCAAACAGAUCAUCCAAAUCAUCCACUUUCACACUAAUACCAUCGUCAUCUCGUAAAUCACGAAGUAUCCAAGCUGUGUUAUUGUCGUAACUUGGCACGAGUGUUUCGUAUAGCUGCAUUGUAUUUUGGGCCUUUUGAGUCCAACCUUUGCUGUUGCUAGGUUGAAUUUCUCAUUAAUAUGCCAUCACUGGAAAACGGUGAGUGAGAAAAUAUGCUCAUGCUCUUUUGUUUUUCUUUUGUCCCACUGUGAGGUCAUAGCAGCAGACACCUGCUAAUUUAUCACUGAAAUAUAAAAAAUUAACAAUACUAAUAAAUUAGCACCAGAGUCAUUUAACCCAUCACAGAAAUUUAAAUAUAAACAUAUUUCAGGGUGGAGUUUUCCUUUACCACCACAAUCACGGUUUCAUAUCUAUGGGCUUCUGUGAUAGGAACCACAAGUCACCAGUAUUCUUAUUUUCCUUUCUACACACAUUUGGUUAUCUAAUGCAUUUUUGCCCCCUAACUAUGCAUUUAGCAACCAUUUUUUCAAUGUAGAAGAAAAAAAAAAAACAAAGUAAUUGCCUCCAUUGUUUGAAAUACCAGAGCCCGAUAUUACUCAGUGCCAUUUGAAUUCAACACCGCCACCUCCUGGUCACAAUUUAAAACCUGCCAAGUCUUCAACAGGACACAUCAGUUCAUCUCCAAGUUACCAUGUGUUCUUGCCUAAAAGGUUUUAAUCAAGCCAGGACAUGUUUAACCUUUAUCGAGCAGGACCAAAAAAAAUGCCAUUGUUAUGUGAGGGAACUUUGACUAGCAAGGAGUUAGUGCUUUUUUUUCAUUACAACUGAACUUGUCUAUAGUGAUUUCUUGAUUGUUUACUAAAACAUACUGAUUCAGCUAAUGUAAUUUGUCACAAACAAAUAAGGCAGUGAUGAAUAUUCAAUGCCAAAUUAUACCUGCCCAAACUGAAUUUUGGGCUUUUCAAGUGCCUUGAUGCAUCAGUGUUUACUGAUUAUUUUAUAGGUAGAUGUAAUAGAGUUGUGUAAAAAAAAUUAAAUAAUAUUUUUCUACGAAAAUUUUAAAUGGCUAUUAUAAGUAAUAAUUUGAAAUAAAAUCUAUGUUCCAGAAA